GUACAUUGCAUUCAUUGAAGAAAAUGAUUACUUGAAAAUUCUUUCUCUUCUAUUUUUCUUCUACUGCAAUGGAGAUAGCAGUUACUAGUUCUAGCUAAAUUCAUACAAGAUUUACAUUUCAAAUAUUAUAAAGCGUGACCAAAUGGAUUGAAUUCAUUUAUCCUUCAUUUUUAACUAAGUUAUUAGGCCGUCCUAGCGCAUGUACCGACAUUAAGCCAAAAAAAGGAAGGUGAACGCAUUAAAAUAUGGCGCGAUUGACGUUCAACUUAACGUACUUAAAAUAGACCCACUGGUCAGUUUUCUUACAGCGAUGCGCCCCCACUUUUCACUUCAGUUUUACAUCUUUCCAAAAGGUUCCCCACAGUUUUCAUCACCCAAAUCAACGUAGAUCCUCCUAAUCCAACUUACAACUAGUCAUGUAUGCUCCAAAACCCACUUCAAGAUUCAUCCUUUUCUCCUUACUCCUCCUCCUGUUACUCACCUUCUUGGCUCCCUCACUUGCUAAUGAAGAUGUUGAUGAUGACAUAGAAAGUCUAGAAGAACUCAUAGCAUUGGAUGAACAAGAAGAUGCUGAAGGGGGGCAUCAUGAGACGCCGUCUGAAGCGGAGUUUGUAAGUAAGGCACAGAGAAUAGUACUUGAGCUUAAUAAUGACAAUACUAAGAGGGCAAUUGAUGGAAAUGAGUAUGUUUUGGUUCUGGGUUAUACUCCGUGGGAUGCUAGGAGUGCUGAGCUGAUGCCCAAAUUUGCUGAGGCUGCUACUGCUCUUAAAGAAUUGGGGAGUUCGCUUUUGAUGGCCAAGAUUGAUGCUGAACGAUACCCUAAAGUUGCGGCUUCUCUUGAGAUCAAAGGGUUCCCUACGCUGCUUCUGUUUGUUAAUGGCACUUCUCAACCUUACACUGGUGGAUUCUCCGCGGAAGAACUUGUUAUCUGGGCAAGGAAGAAGACAGGUGUUCCUAUUAUUAGAAUCAGUUCAGAUGCUGAGGCAAGCGACUUUCUCAAGAAGCAUUCCGUGUUUGUCGUUGGUCUGUUUGAGAAAUUUGAGGGAUCCUAUUAUGAUGAAUUUACAAAAGCUGCCGAGAUGGACAAUGAAAUCCAGUUUGUGGAAACCAGCAAUGCAGAAAUUUUCAAGAAACUCUUCCCUGAAUUUAAGCCAACCAAUCUUUUCCUCGGCCUAGUUAAAAGUGAGCCAGAGAAAUACACUGAAUAUGAAGGAACCUUCAGUGCAGAUGGAAUCUUGCAGUUUUUGGAUGAUAACAAGUUCCCCUUAACUACAGUACUUACUGAACUUAACGCUGCUAGAGUUUACUCCAACACAAACAAACUUCAGGUGUUGAUAAUUGCUGAGCCUGAUGACUUCAAGAAACUUGUGGAACCUCUGCAAGACGUUGCAAGAAAGUUCAAAUCAAAGAUAAUGUUCAUAUUUGUAGAUAUUAGAGAGGACAAUCUUGCAAAGCCCUUCCUAACUAUGUUUGGUCUAGAAGAGUCAGAAGACCCUGUGGUAGUAUCUUUCAACUACAGUAGCAGCUUGAAGUAUUUGUUGGAAUCAGAUACCACACCAACAAGCAUAGAAGACUUUUGUUCAGGUCUUCUGAGUGGAACUGUGUCACCAUACUACAAGUCACAGCCAAUUCCUGAUAACAAGAACAUGAGCAUUCUGACCAUUGUUGGUAAGACAUUUGAUGAAUUGGUCCUGAACAGUCACGAAAACGUCCUUCUAGAGAUAUACACACCAUGGUGCAUCACUUGUGAAACCAUAAGCAAGCAAAUGGAGAAGUUGGCCAAGCAUUUCAAAGGUUUAGAUAACUUGAUCUUUGCAAGGAUAGAUGCUUCCCUAAAUGAACAUCCGAAAUUACAGGUUGAUGACUAUCCAACACUUCUCUUCUACUUAGCAGAUGACAAAACAAAUCCAAUACUACUUCCUACAAAAUCAAGCACAAAAGAAUUGGCUGCUCUGAUCAACAAGAAUUUGAAAGCACAACAUCAUGAAGUUAGAGAUGAACUCUAGGAAACUGUUGCAUCGAGGGACAAUCUAAUUAUUUGAAGAUGAGGAAAAUUAUACAGCAUAUACAGACACCUGCGGGUUACAUGAGUAGAUAUUUCAGAGAGUUGAGGUCCACGGUUGGGUAGACUAAAUUGUAUCAUCAAUUAGCAAAUUAGUAACUGUUUUGACGUGAACAUUGCUUCUAUUGGCUGAGCAAUAUUUCUGUUGAUGACAGCUUUAAACUUUGGUUGCAUCUCACUGUAUGAUACUAAUAGCAAAUGAUUAUUUAAAAUGUUGGGAUUACAUCAGAUGCUGAUUAGUCAGCUUUUGAGUUUUAA